AUGAAGCCAUAUUCAUCGUUAACUAUUGAUCGUAAUGAACCGGACUCAGAUGCAAUUGAAAUGUUCUGCGGUCAAAUACCUCGUACAAUGUCUGAACAUGAAUUACGAGUAUUUUUUGAACCCUAUGGACGAAUUUAUAAGCUAAAUAUUUUACGCGAUAAACACAGUGGUGAAUCUAAAGGUUGUUGCUUUAUAACAUAUUAUACACGACAAGCAGCCCUGAGCGCACAAAAUGCCUUACAUAAUUUAAUCAUUUUGCCUGGCAUGCAUCAUGCGGUGCAAGUGAAACCAGCCGAUAUAGAAAAUCGGAAUGAACGGAAAAUUUUUAUUGGUAUGAUAUCAAGAUCGUGCAAUGAAUAUGAAAUAAAAGAGCUAUUUAUACCAUUUGGUACUGUUGAAGAGUGUACCGUACUACGUGAUUUAAAUAAUCGAUCGCGUGGUUGUGCAUUUGUUACAUAUCUAAAACGGCAAUCAGCGUUAAAUGCAAUAAAAACUAUGCAUCAUUCAUAUACAAUGGAAGGUUGUUUAUCGCCUCUCAAUGUUCGUUUUGCUGAUACACCGAAAGAUAAAGAAGUUAGAAAAAUGCAACAAAAACUAAAUGAAAGUUUUCUUCAGCAAAUAGCAAACAAUACAUCAUCGAUCACAAAGGAAACCAAUGAAGAUUUAACUUCUUUAAAUCUAAUGUUAUUCAAUAGACUUUAUUCGAAUAAUAUUAAUGAUCUAUCCUGUGGUGAUAAUAAUCAUAAUGGUUUAGCAUCGAAAUUAAUUAAGCAUCAACAAAACAAUCUAUUUGAAACUAAUACAAAUACUACAUCUAUAUUCUAUAGUGGAGAUCAAAGUAAAGAACAGCAGCAACAACAACAACAACAUUUAACCAACAAUUGUCUUUCAACACUACCUGGUUUACUUGUCAAUGCUGAGAUAAACUCAUGUAUGUGGCCUAAAUCAACCGAUGAUGAUAUUUGCCUAUUGAACGACUUUCUUUCGUCGACUACAAAUGGAAUAUCAAAUAUGCGUAAUCUUUCAUUGACAAAUGAUAAUAAUUUUCAAAUAAAUAAACAACAAAAUAAUAAUAGUUCUCAGUCGGCGAAUAUAAAUGACGAAAAACAAUUAAUUGGACCAUUAGGUUCGAAUCUUUUCAUUUAUCAUCUUCCAUCGGAAUUUACUGAUCACGAUUUAGCACAAACAUUUUCUCCAUUUGGUAAUAUUCUAUCAGCCAAAAUAUUUAUUGAUAAAUUAACAAGUCGAAGUAAAUGUUUUGGUUUUGUUUCGUACGAUAACAUGCACUCGGCUCAUCAAGCAAUCAAACAAAUGAAUGGUUUUCAAAUUGGUUUAAAACGAUUGAAAGUAGAAUUGAAAAAACUUCGUAUUCAAUAG